AAUGUAAUGACGUACUGUCGCUCUAUCCAAUCACAAGUGUGGGCGCAUUUCGAAAGUUGGAGGCGGGUCGAUAAUGGCAAGGUGCCGUGAACGCCUAGGAAAUAUAAUAUUUUCUAACUCAUUUGGUAACUGUAGGUUUUCGGGCGUUACAGAAGAAGGCUCAAAGCAAAGGUACUUUUUUUGUUUAGCAACGAACCAAACAUAAAUGUGUAAAUGAUAGAGAUCGCUUUUUUUGCAGCGCGUGGAGACGUUAGCCCAGUAGCGUGCCAGGACCAGAUCCAUUUAAUGGAUUGUUAUGUAUUUUGCAGUGUUUUACAAUUAGCAUGCAGAUGAGAAAAAUUCAUGAACUCUGAUUGCUUAAGUUUUAAUUACACCUUGUUGCAGAUAACGAAAAAUAAGAUAUGUCCAUCAAUGCUACUCCAACUAGAAAUCACACAGCGAUCUUUAAGCGUGUUGAGCUUCCCAAAAUGAAUCAGUUGACCGACAUAUGUAAAGAAAACAAAGAUAUGUCUGUUACCCAAUAUCAGCAGCCGGAGUCUUUCAAACAUACUGAAUCAACACAGAAAGAAAUGAAUACGACCUAUGUAAUUUCAGCCACUAAGAAGUUGGGUGUAACAGUUGAAAAACCCAAGGUAGAAGAGAGAUUGAUGCUGCAGAAAAGGAAAAUGGGGAGCAAAGGUGCCCCAGUUUGCAUGGAUGUGACUUCUGAAAAUGAAAUUAAAGUGCCAGAAAAAAAAUUGAGUCUGCAACGAAGAACAAGGAUGGGUUUUACAGACAAAACCAAUGAAGGUAAAGAGGAAGUAACCAAUGACAAACCUAAUGAGAUUUCAAAUUUGGUACAGCCAGCAAAGAGUAAGUUGGCGGCUACAACAAAUUCAGGUGUGCAGAUCAGCAGUGUUUUGGUACAACGCUCAGGAAGCUUUCAGGGUCCAUCAAUUAAGGGUAUAGUAAAUAGAGCUGCUCUUCGAGUGGAUAGCAAUUCACGUGAGCCCAGAGAGGAAAAAGCAUUAAAAAUGUCUCGGGCAGUUAUCACAGACUUGGGUAUGGAAAAUGGUGAAAAAUGCAAAAUUGAAAGUAUUGUUAGAGUUUUCUCAACACCUGCAAAAAAAACAACAGUUGCAACGCCAAAUGCUAAAGAGACAAAUGAAAAAAUAUCCAAACAGAAUUCUGAUAAAGGGACCAAUCUGAAUUCCAGAAGUAUAGAGAGAUCAAGAACACCAGGCAAGGCUAAUAGACAGAGUGCGAUUCUCCAUUCCAAGUCUCGCACUCCUUCUCAAAAUGACCGAGUCCCAGUUAAAACCCUAGCUAAAAACUUUGGACCCUGUCUUCAAGAAACUACUCAAAGUAAGAGAACUGCUGGAUGGAAUUCAUUGACUCAGGGCAGAGACAUGAUAACGUCUAGUCAAGGCACACCUGGAAAAGGAGUUCUAGUUAAUGAAGAUGUGUCCCAGCAGACCAGAACUGUUGCCCGUGACAAUCUGAAGACAGAAAACAGUGCAGUCACAGUUGCUGUAAGAGUGAGACCUUUUAAUAACCGAGAGAAGAUGGAAAGUGCCAAGCAGGUGAUUUUCGUUGAAGGAGAGGAGAUCAUUGUUCAUCAUCCAGACUCUAAACAAUCCCAUUCCUUUGUUUAUGAUUUGUCUUUUUAUUCUUUUGAUAAGUCCCAUCCAAAUUUUGCAAGUCAGAGCACUGUGUAUGAAAAGUUGGCUCAACCUCUGUUGAACUGGGCAUUUGAAGGAUAUAACACCUGCAUCUUUGCAUACGGCCAGACUGGUUCUGGAAAGUCUUACACAAUGAUGGGUUUCACUGACGAAGAAGGAGUGACUCCACGCUUUUGUGAAAACUUGUUUGGCAGAAUGAAAAACUCCAAUACUAAACAAGUUUCUGUUAAUCUUGAAAUGAGCUACUUUGAAGUCUAUAAUGAAAAAAUUCAUGAUUUGCUGGUUGUGAAGGAUGAAAGUGGACAAAAGAAGCAACCACUUCGUGUUAGAGAGCAUCCAGUCUUUGGGCCUUAUGUGGCAGAUCUAUCAACGAACGUUGUCACCUCAUAUGCCGAUAUACAAAGUUGGCUUGAACUUGGCAAUAAACAACGAGCCACAGCAGCUACAGGAAUGAAUGACAAGAGCUCAAGGUCUCAUUCUGUCUUUACUCUUGUCAUGACUCAGACUAAGACUGAAUUUGUUGAAGGGGAAGAGCAUGAUCAUUCAGUCACCAGCAGAAUUAACUUAGUGGACCUUGCAGGAAGUGAGCGCUGCUCCACAGCACAGACCUCUGGUGACAGACUGAAGGAAGGUGUGAGCAUCAAUAAAUCUCUGUUAACCUUGGGAAAGGUUAUCUCUGCAUUGUCAGAACAAUCACAAACCAAAAAGAAUGUUUUUAUUCCCUACAGAGAGUCAGUUUUAACUUGGUUAUUGAAAGAGAGUCUUGGUGGAAAUUCCAAGACAGCUAUGAUAGCCACAAUUAGUCCAGCAGCAAGCAAUGUGGAGGAGACUCUUAGCACUCUUCGUUAUGCCAGACAGGCUCGUAUGAUCAUCAAUAAUGCUAAAGUGAAUGAAGAUACCAAUGCUAAACUAAUUAGAGAAUUAAAGGCUGAAGUUGAAAAACUUAAAGCAGCACAAAUGAAUACCAAGGGCAUGGAACCUGAAACUGUUAAACUCUUCAAGCAAGAAAUCGAAACUCUUAAAAUGCAGCUAAAACAGCAAGAGAAAGAAAUGGCAGAAGCUCACAGAACUUGGAGAGAAAAGUUAGACGAGGCAGAAAAAAGAAAACGUGAAGAGACUAAAGAAUUACAGAAAGCUGGUGUUACAUUCCAAAUGGAUAAUCGAUUACCAAAUCUUGUUAAUCUUAAUGAAGAUCCUCAGCUUUCAGAGAUGUUGUUAUAUAUGAUUAAAGAGGGGCAGACUAAAGUGGGAAAAUAUAAACCAAAUUCAGCUCAUGACAUCCAGUUGUCUGGAGCUCUCAUUGCUGAUGAGCAUUGUGUGAUUUCAAAUAUAGGUGGGACAGUAAGAAUUAUACCAGUUAAGGAUGCAAAAACUUAUGUAAAUGGCACCCUCAUCAAUGAAUCAACUGUUCUUCAUCAUGGUGACAGAGUGAUCCUUGGUGGUGAUCAUUAUUUUCGCUUUAAUCAUCCUGUUGAAGUGCAGAGUGGGAAACGAGUUUCAUGCAAAAUGAACAUGCAAGAAGGACAAAAAGAUUUUGAAUUUGCAAGGAAUGAAUUGUUAGCAGCUCAGCGAGCAGUGCUUGAAGCAGAGAUAGAAGCAGCCCGACUAAAAGCCAAAGAAGAGAUGAUACAUGGCAUACAAGUGGCUAAGGAGAUGGCUCAGAAAGAACUUUCUGAUCAGAAAACGUUGUUUGAAAACCGGAUAAAAGCUUUGGAAAAAGAGCUGGAGAAAGAAUCCAAAAAACAAAAAUGCCAAGAGCUUGAUAACAAAAGGGUUAUCAGUAAAAUUGAAGAACUUGAAAAAGAGAAAACGCACCUUGAAAUGGAGGUGAUUUUAAAUAAAAAACGUCUUCAAAUGGAAGCAAUGGCGACACAACAGGCACUCACUGAUCAUAAUAUAAGACAUGCAAAAAUUAUCGAAGCUUUAGAAACAGAAAAAAAAAAGAUUGCUGAAGACUUAAAAAGAACACAGGAAAAACUAAUCCAGAAAAAAAUAAAUGGUUCAGCUCAAAAUGCUCAGAACCAGUGGACUUCCAUGAAACUGUCCGUAAUGAUACAGGAAGCCAAUGCCAUUAGCCGAAAGUUGGGCAAACACACUAUAUUUAGCAGGCAUGAACUCUCAGAGAAAGGCUGUGGAGAUGGUAAAGAACUGCUGCAAGUGCAAGUUCAGAACACCAAACUGGGAAUCACUACAUUCUGGAGCCUGGAGAAAUUUGAGAGCAGCUUGGCAGUAAUGAGGGAACUUGAUCAGGGUGAGGUUGGUAGAAAAGGUGAUGACAUUUUCUAUGACCCUGCUGAUGAGUGGGAACCAGAUAUAUCAAUGUCUUCAGCAGCAUCCUCCUCCUCCUCGUCUCUUUCUAGAAGAAGGAGCAGAAGCCUUUUAAAAAGCAGGAGAAUAUCUGGACACCUUUACGAAAUCAGAGUCCAUCCUAUACAGAGUUUGUAUAAUUCACAAUACUCAGGUCUGAUGAGCAAACCUUCUGCACGAUCUAGUGUUCCUGAAUCAGCACUUCCAAAAAUUUGCAAAGAUCUGAUUGGUUCCACCAUUGCAAAGCUGAAGAAGUGUGAUCAGACACAAGAAAGCAUUGCAGACAGAGCAAUAAUUGAUGUUCUAACUAUUAAUUCGGGUGUAAGCAACAUCUCCAAAUGCUAUGAGCAAUUGGAUGAAGAAACUCAAGAAAACUUGUUUGCUGCUAGCCGGGAGGCUGAGUUCCAACUCAUCCAGAUAACUUUAUCACUCGAAAGGCUGGCUUUAUCUAUAAUGCAGUGGUUUUCCAAUAUCAAGUCUUGCUUGUGCUUUACAUCCAGUGUUGCAGAGGAGUUACAUGAGGAGUUAAGAAAAGUAGGGGGAUACUUGCAGUUACUCAUUCAAGGAUGUGAUUCAGAUAUUUCUUCAAUGGUUAAAGAAGCUCACAGUAAAAUAAAUGGGUCCUUAAACACAACCUUAAAACUAAUAGGACACCUUUCAGCCAUUACUGGGACAGAGCUGCAUGUCGAAGAAUGGGAAUGUGAAGCUGAAACUACAUUUAAGAGCAAGGUUGCUGUUGCCCUUUGUGAAGGAGUAAAAAAAGGUGUGGCGUGUCUUUAUAAGGAUUUGGCAUCUAACAGUAAGAAGACAGAAAAUGAUGUUCAACAAAUGCAUCCUGGUACUGAGAUUUUCCAGGGAAUAAAGAAGAAUUCUUUGAUUUUGAUUGCUUCUAUAAGUAGAUACAUUAACCAUUUGCAACAGAAUAAUAUUGGAACCUCAGAACAGGAAAAAUCAGACAAUUUGAAGACUGGCAAUUUAAAGACGCUAGCAUUUAUUGCUAUUAAAUUGUUUAGAUUUCAUGAGGCUUUCUUUCAAAUCUGCACAAUCAUUCUUGCUGCUUUAAAAGGUAUGGAGCACACACUUCAACUCCAGAGAAACACAGAGGCAUUGUGUCUAUCUGCAAAAAAUAUUGAUGACUGUAUCAGGACAACUUAUGGCUUAUUGGCACACUCUCUACCAACUUCCACAAUGAGAGACAUGAGCUCCGCCAGAAGAAAUUUAGACUCUGCUGUUAAAUCAUUAGCUGUCAUUUAUAAUCAGCUUUAUACAGACAAAGAAGAUUUAUCCACCACAGGACUCGUACAAACUGUUAAGAAGCACUUUGCAGCCGGUGACAGCAGCUUACUUCACACAAACGUUCUGAGGAGCACAGAAUAUCCUGAAGCACAGAUUGAUCAUCCAGCAUCAACCCCACCUCCUGGAAUUCAGUGGGUGUAACAGAAUAACAGACGGUUAACUGUUGAGAUAUUUAAUGACAAUGGAUACCAAAUCUGUUUUAAUCUGAUUCCUAAAUGCAAUGUUUUUUUAAAUCAGGGCUGUAAACUGUUUUGUCCAUUUAUUGGAGUACAUUUUUAGGAAGUAGAAAAGAAAGUUAAGUAUAAACAUCACAAAAUGUCAUUAUAUUUAUCACUUUAAACUAUCUCUGAUAAAGAACUAAAUAAUUUAUUUAGUAUAAAUAUUACAGGCAUCUUGAAUUUUUGUAUGUAUUACUUCUGGAGUCUGGUAAAAUGACCUGCAAACACAUGUACAGUGCAUGAGAGAAUCAAUUAUAUUUAUGAAAAGGGUCAAACUUCUGAAUUAAUGUCCACGGAAAGCGACAACUUUCAGCAUGGCCUAAUAGGUGCUUUUGGUGGGAAAUAAAGACAGAGCCUUUCACUGCAAGGUGCAUAUUCUGUAUAAGAAAUUCUUCAAAUUAGUGCAUGGAUUUGUUCAAACAUUGGCUAGAACAUAAUAUAUUUAGAACAUAAAUAUAUAUUUCAUUAUAAUGGUCUAACUAAACAGAAGAAUAUUACAUCCCCAUGGGAUAGGCUUUUCUGAGGGAAACAUAAAUACCUGACAAGUGGUUGAUGUUCUAGUGGGACGCAGGUGAUUGGACGUCUUUUCUAGGCUCCGUCCCGACACUUUAGCAAAAUGUGGAUAGAAUGAGCGAUUUUCAUUUAGGUUUACCGAACAUUAACUUUAUUCAAACAAAGGGGAAUGGGUGUGAGUGAGUUUUGGUGUGUGAAGUUUGCAAAUGUUGUUACCAGUGACCCUGAGUUGGCUUGAGUGGGUUUGAGUAUGUUAUGUUAAGUGUAUAAAAGACAUGCAAAUGCCUGUUUAAUGCUUUUUAACAGUGGGUUUCAGUUCCCCUCCUCCUUGUGGCACACUCUCUUCUAAACCUUAUUGCGGAUGAGCUCUCCAUCAUGCAAAACAUACCAGUGCUUGUAGAAUGCAAUGCUUUUACUAAAGUAUGAGCAUAGAUUGAAAAAGUGCAGAGGAAUUUACAACUUUAUAAAUCUGUUUGCACAUCAUGGGAUUUGUACUGUCUGGUAGCAUUUCAGUUAUGUACAUCCUUAGAAAAUGUGCAGUUUUCCCCUGGUGGUCUAUUGAUUCUGUGUAGUUUUUUUUAGUGGGAUGAUGUUUCACACCUGUGUUACUAAUCAACAACUAAAUGUUGUGAAGUAAAAUGUAAUUCUGCUGGUGUUUGUAUAUUUAAGGCUUAAUGAAGGCAAUUUAAAAGUUUUAUCCAAGUAAAUUUUAGUAGACAGAAUUGCUGUAUUACUGAACACUGAUUUGGAACAAAAACCACUGGUAGACAACAAUUGAAAACCACCAUUUUAAAAAUUCUCCAUUUGUCCUCAUCUGUUCUUUCUGGCAUAAUGAACUGUUAAGUGUCUCAUUGUUAUUUCUUAAAUUUUAUAUAUUUAUAUGUUCUAUCCAUCCAUCUUGCAUAUACAUUUGGGGGUUACAUGGAGUGCCUAUUCUGGCCAAAUUGGGUAUAAGCUGGAAAACAAUGCAGGGUGCGGAGCCAUGUCCACUGUAAAAAGAUAAGACUCGACACACUUAAAAAGGUUUGGGGAGGUCACCCGUAUAUUAUCCCUGGCUGCAAAAGAUUUUGAAAGGAACAGAGAUGUUCACAAGACUGACUCCGAAACAGAACUGAACUUGAGUUGCAAAGAUGGUGGUUUUAAAUAGUCAGACAGAAAGUGACGUAGGGGAACCGGAAGUGACCGUCUUCUGACGUCAAUCGAGGCACUGGAACCGGAAGUGGCGUCUGUAGAGAUAACAGGAGAUUUAGUGCACCCCGCCACCCCCUGGCCUGGCGUGGAAUUACCUUCACUUGGUCCAUACAACGUCCUCCUACUCGCACGUGGGUGACACCACUCAUGUUCACAUCACACUGCCUCAUACUGGGCCAAUACAGAGUUGCUCUUUAACUUAACAAGCACAUGUUUGUUCUGCAGAAGGAAAUGCAUGGAGACACUGGGAGAACGUGCAAACUCCAUACAGACAGUGCUAGGACUGGGAAACUGUAAGUGCAGCGCUGACCACUAUGCCACCAAACCAUCCUGUGUCAGACUAGUUACAGGAAAACAAAGUGGCAACAAUUAUUAUAAUACAGUACAAUAGAAAUUAGGCUUUUACACAGAAUUCUAAAUAUUGUAAUUUGUUACUCUGUAAAAUUCCAGCUUCAUGCAGCUGUGUUUUUUUUUUUUGCACUUUUAUUCUGUAAAAACAUAUCUAAUUUUCUGUUAAAAGGUUUUUAUAUGUGGUAACUGGAUAAUUAACGGACAUAAAAAUGACUUUAUAAGGUAUACACUGUAUGUAAAUUUUAAAUAUGCCCAAGGGUUGUUAAAAAUAAACAAAAUCCACAGUAUAUAAGCUAAAAAUAGGAAACACAAAAAGCAGCUCUGAAUUUAUUUAUAGCAUUUUUGAUAUUUUUGUUACGAUCUCUUAUUCACUUCAUGUAUUUUUGCCAAUACUGUAUUAAAAUUUUUAUUGGCCUUUUUAUAAAAUAUUCAGUUCAAACUAGGAAACCAGUCACUUUCUGUGUUAAAUUCAAAUUAAAAUUGUAAGGCCCCAACUCACAGCACCCAAUACUUAUUACCUGCCUCUGAAGCUGAAAUAAGCAACAUUGUUGGAAACGUUUUAUGAAUGACAGCCUUGUAAAAGGUGAAGUGAGCAGUUGGCUUGUAACUGAGCUGGAAUGUUCUACAAAUAUAAAGAGAUUAACACUAUUAACAAAAAUGCAUCAGUUACUUAAAUACUUUAAACAUUUAUUAAAUCAUAAGGAACAGCUGUUUUUGUUUCUUUAGCAAGCAUAUUAUUCUAUUUGAGGAACUGUAAUAUUUUUGGCCACUAAGCAAUCAUAGCUUGUCAUCAUUUCUCCAUCUUUCUUGAAGUAUACUCUCUUGUCUUUUUUGUAUACUCCGAGAUCAUCUGAAAUCUCGGCAUCUCCACCCAUAAUGUCACUUAAAGAAGAUCUCAAAUAUUGGCACAUUAUUCUAGUGGUUGAGUGGCUGUUUACAAGUUUUCCAAGUCCCCUACACAUCUCCAAUAAAUGCAUGUUCAAAAUGGUCUCAUUGUAAGUAUAGGCAUGGGUACACCUGCCUUGUACUCUGAAUUGCUCGUGUCAUGGAAAAAGUGGGUUCAGGAGAGAUAAAAAUCUUAAUAUUGAAAUAGUCCUGGUGACUUAAGCUGUCUUGAUUAUAUGUCAGUGAACUGUUAAGCAAUAUAGGGACAUCAUGCCAUAGGAACAGAUGACGUAAGAAAUGACUCUGGAGCAAAUGGUACUUUUUAUAUAAUGUGUUUAUAAGGGUAGUGCAAUUUACAGACUGUGAUGAUCUGUUAUAAUUCUGGAGUUAUAAAAAUAAAAGACACUUGUCAGCCCAUUUGUAGUGUUGAUAAAAUAG